AUGUUUACCACUUCUUCUAAGUGUUCGUCGAAUAAGAAGAUGAAGAUGAAGAUGAAGACAACAACUAAUGAAGUUAUUAUCGUCGACGACGACAUCGAUAGCUAUGUGUUUGAAAAGUUUUUGAACUAUCUGUACACUGGAGAGUGCGAUAGUCUGUAUAUCUGGUAUCAGGAACUGCUGGUCAUCGCCGACAAGUAUUUGGUCCAAUCGUUGAAGACUAUGUGUCUUAAUUGGUAUUAUAUGAAAAUCAAUGGCGAAAAUGCAUUGAAAAUAUUUCAAGAUUUCGGAGCCGAUGGAGAACUUAUUGGAAAGACCUGUGAAUUUAUUGCCAAAAAUGUUGGAUCAGUUUUCAUUACAUCAACAACAACAAUGGCCACCACUAAGACAGUGAUGGACAACAGUAUAAUCAAUAAGUGUAAAGUCUUGUUCAAAAUCGACAACUUUGCCGAUCAAUUGCAAACAGAUUUGCAAACAAAAUCGACAGAAUUUGAUUGCAAUAUCUUUACCAUUGAAUCGGAUAAAUGGCAAAUCAUUGUCCAUUGUCUUAACGAUAACAUUGGUCUAUACUUGCGAUUAGUUCAGACAUACGAAUCAUCGGUUUCGGUCCAAUACGACAUGUAUAUCGUGGACAGCGAUAACCAAUUAUAUGGCAAACGAAGUAUUAAUCAUACGUUUGAUAAAGCAAUUAGUUAUGGAUUUGCAUUGUUUAUCAAAAAACAACAAUUGAUGGAUAAUAAAGAUGUAUUAUUACCCGAUAAUGCACUUACUGUUGGCAUCGAUAUGACUGUCCACAAGAAAAAUGAUUGCAACCGGUAUUUAAUAGUCAAUGACUUGUUCGGUAUCCGCGAACUAAGCGAUUGUCGACUAGUUGUCGGCAACUAUAGGAAAGAGUUUUUCGUCUCAAAACUGGUACUCAGCGCCCGAUCGGAAGUCUUUCGUAAGAUGUUUACCACCGAUUGUCUGGAGCGGACAACCAAUGAAGUGGUCAUCGACGACAUCGAAAGCUAUAUAUUUGAAAAGUUUUUGCACUAUCUAUACACUGGAGAGUGCGAAACGUUAUGUUUCUGGUAUAGAGAACUGUUGGUCGUCGCCGAUAAGUAUUUGGUCGGUUCGCUGAAGACUAUAUGUCUUAAUUGGUAUUAUAUGGAUAUCAAUAGCCAGAAUGCAAUCGAAACGCUGAAACUAUUUGAAGACUUUGGAGCCGAUGAUGAACUAAUGGCAAAGACCUAUGAUUUUAUUGCCAAAAAUGUCGGAUCAGUUUUCGGUAAAUUAUUGGCUAAAGAUUAUGACAUUAAAUCGGAAUCUGUGUCUGAAAUUGGCUACAAAAUUGAUAAAUUUUAUUAA